CCCGUGGAGCUGUUGUUCUCAGAGAACAGGAGGACACGCAGACGGAGUGUUGGAUUAGAGCGACAAAAGAGAAAGUGCGAGUUAUUUUUUUUUAAAGAAAGUCUUCUUUGUGUCUUCCCGCUCCCUACUCUGUGGAAUCGUGGUGCUUUCGGGUUAUCUGUGUAGGUUUUCUGCGGUGGCGCACAGACCGGUAUGGAUUUACUAGUGACUAGACAAGACACGCCGUGUAGCCCUGCACCAAAGUUUUGAUUGUCAUCGUUGCCUCCCGACCCCGGAUCAGAGGAAAGCGCCGAACUUUGACGCAGCAUUUGUGGAAGCUUGGGGCCACAUGUGAGACAAAUAUUUGUCGGAGCGUCUUUUCGCUGCUCUUCACUAAAUCUCUCAUGGGGUGACCCACAAAGAGCUCUGUAGACGCAACUGCCGGACCGGGUGUUGGUCCUCCCAGCCUUGGUCCUCUUCCUGUCCAUUUCUUGAAGACAAUGAUUAUCAGCGUAGACGCUCCGCACAUCUCCACUGUGUGAAUGAAUCUUUGCCGUAAAGCCGCUGUGCUCUGCCACCCUGUCAUCAUGAAGAGCAAGUAUUCCCAGUACUACAAUCGGAGUCUCAUCCAUUACUACUAUGCCUAUGCGAAGAACAUGACUCCUGAGGAGCUGGAUAAACAUAUUGAGAAUAAAAAACAGCUCACAACCCUGCACAUUGUGAUAGUCGUCCUCUGCACCAUCAUCAUCCUGGAGAAUCUGCUUGUCCUGAUUGCUGUCUGCCGCAAUAAGAAGUUCCACUCUGCCAUGUUUUUCUUCAUUGGCAAUCUGGCGUUCUCUGACCUAUUGGCAGGCUCGGCUUACAUAGCCAACAUUUUUCUGUCAGGAUCAAGGACCUUCGACCUGGUACCUGUGCAGUGGUUUAUUCGGGAGGGCACAGCAUUCAUCGCUCUGGCAGCUUCAGUCUUCAGCUUGCUGGCAAUAGCAAUAGAGCGCUACUCUGCUAUCACCAAGGUCAAGGUGUAUGGCUCCACAAAGACAUGCCGUAUGUUUAUUUUAAUAGGUGCAUGCUGGGUCACCUCAAUCCUCCUCGGAGGACUUCCUAUCAUCGGCUGGAACUGCAUCAACGAUCGCCCCGAAUGCUCAGCUGUUUUGCCGCUCUACUCAAAGAGAUACAUCCUCUUUGUUGUGACUAUUUUCAGUCUUAUACUGCUUUCUAUUGUUAUCCUCUAUGUGAGGAUCUACUUGAUUGUACGCUCCAGCCACCAGGAGGCAACCAACUCACCAGCCUAUGCCCUUUUGAAAACUGUCACCAUAGUGCUGGGUGUCUUCAUCAUGUGCUGGCUGCCUGCUUUCACCAUCCUCCUCCUAGAUUCAUCCUGUAGCAUACAGUUCUGCCCAAUUCUUUCCAAAGCAGACAUCUUUUUUGGCUUUGCCACUCUAAACUCAGCACUUAAUCCUGUGAUAUACACGCUGCGCAGUAAGGACAUGAGAAAGGAGUUUCUGCGAGUGUUGUGCUGCUGGGGGGUGCUGCAAAGCGGGCGGCCAGCUGACCGUUGUUUGGUCCCUCUUAAGAGCUCCAGCUCUCUGGAACACUGCACCAACAAACAUGAACAUCAGACCACACCUAUCAUGCAAAACUGUACAACCUGUGUCUGAUGUGGUGCAAAAUCAUCAGAGUGUGUGUUAGUGUGAGAAGGUAUGUGUGUUUAUGAUCAAAGGUAGAGGCUGUGAUGAGACAAAGACGUGACAAAAAAUGCAAGCACACGGUGAACUUAGCUGCCUGUAAAGGCUGUGACACAGCUGUCUGUUGAGAUGCAUUCUACAAUACAGACACUUCUUGAGGCAAUCAAAAUGUGGGAAUUCUUAAUCAGCCUUCAAUCAGUUCACCCAUGCAGUGGGUGUAAAAUACCAAUGUUUCAAGUGGAAAUCAAAUCCACAGGUGAGAACUUAAGAAAUGUGAAAAAAGCUUUUUCAUAGGUACUCUCAUUGACUAAUAUGGAGCUGAAAACCAUUUCCAUGUAUAUUCCUCUGGUCUUCUUUUCAUUUCUACCAUGUAAACCUGUAUUAAAAGCCAAAAAAGGAAACAUACAAAGCAUAUUAUCAAAGUAAUGGUGAGCUUUUUUGGGCCUAUCAAGAACUGCCUCAAUGCAAAGCUCACAAAGUUUCCCUUUGUAGAUUACUUGAGAGACUCUUGUUACAAGGUUUAACCACAUUACUCUCCUCCACAGAUAUAUGAAUACAUUAGGCCUACAGAUGUAUCACUCAUUCUACACAGAAUUGGAGACAUUGAUCAACUUUACUCAGCACUGUGCUCCAAAUAAGCCAAAUAAGUGAGUGCUCCCUAAACCAGGUCUAUAUAUUCCCUGUAUAACCUUGCUUAAACUAUUUGAUUAACUACAACAAACGUACAUAAUCUGCAUACAUGUAAUGCAUGAAUUCUAACUUAUUCGUAAACUGAUGUGUAUAUUAUAUUCCAUCUAUAGCUUCCAUCAAUAACACCUCUUCCCUCGUUUGUUGUCACAAUCUGUCCCUCUUGCUUUUACUGUUGUCUUUUGUAUCUUAAUCGUUUCCGUUGAGGAAGGCCUAAUCAAGAAAGUACAUUUCCUGAAGUGAGUUGGCACUGAUGAAUCCUACUCAGUGACAGCUGUCCAGCAGCUUUGACAAAUGGGACUAAUGUCCUGACAGUGUUGUAGCAACAUAGCAGCAAUGUGCUGUCUCUGUGUGCGCCUUCCUCUUUGGGAAUAAGGCUGAAUGUAUGUAUGAAGUGUUUGGGGCAGGCGCUCCAUUGUUGACAGUAUUAUUGGUCAUCAUUUUGAAUUACCAAGUCGUUGACGAGCAGAGAUGAACAGGUCAGGGCACUUUCACUGUGAAGUCUUACAUAGCAACAUGAACAAGAAUUAUUUGUGAACAUCCUGGUGUAAUUAGCUGGCCAUAUGCCCUGUGCAGCUAAAGACGUAUACACGUCCCAUAUUUCCAAAGACCCCCUGCCUUCCCUACAAAAAGGGAGAAUAUCUGGUUUCUGUCCUCCUGGGAGGUUAGCUUCAUCCUCAUUCUCUGACAUCCCUCAACAUGCAACUUCCUUUAACCAUAGGAAGUCCUGUUUUUCGUUGUCCGGUUCCUGUUGUUCAGGAUCACCUUCUUUCUGUAAACAAGCAUUUAAAAUUCUUCUCUCCUUCAUAUUUCAUAGUGACUGUAACAUUUAGAUGUCCAAGUAGAAAUUGUGAAAAGCACUUUGGCAGCUUCAGUGAUGUUUGUUUCCCCAUUUUUUUCUGAUGGAGAGAUGUUUUUAAUUUGUGUACCUAUCACUUCAUUGUGUUGCCUGACUCUGUGAUGUUUUUAUUAUAAAUACAUGAAAUAACUAUGUAUGUAUGUAAGUAUGUAUGGUAUGUAUGUAAUUUUGUACAGUAUGUAUAAUUUGUGUGAAAUGUCUCGUGUGCAAUAGCCUUGUGUGUCCUGUAGCACGCUGCCUGUGUUAAAUCGGUACAAUCUGAAACACUAAUGUAGGUACAUAGACAUUUUGUUAAUUGCAUUCCCUUUUUAUAAAAUAAAUGAAAUACCAAAAUAAU